AUGGAGAAAAGUAUUUGCUCAACACCACCCAAAUCUAAAGCCAUGAAAAGAGAGUUUGAUGCUUCAGAUAAUGAAAAGAGAUAUCAGGAUAACUUAAAGAUUGUGAAGCAGAGUCUAGUCUCAGCCAUUGAAAGUAGAGAUCACGUAGCCUUCGCCAAAAUCAUUGAGACACAGAUCCACGUGACAACGUGCAGUGGCAGAAAGAUUAUUCAGAAGGUUUUCAUGAAAGCUUGUCAUGCAGGCGACAUAAACAUCGUCCGAUUUCUGCUCCGUAAAGGAGCUGACGUCAACGAGGCGUCCAGCGAUGACAUCACGCCUCUCAUGGCUGCUGUUCUGUCUAACUCUUUCGAUACUGUUGAAUUCUUACUUGAAUGUAGGGCUACAGUCAAAACUCAAAUAAAACCUACACAAGACAGUGUACUACAUAUGGCACUGAAGAGAGGAUUUCGCCAUAGCAAUGUCUUAGGCUCAGAAAAAUGGGACCCUAAAUUUUUUAUUGACACCAAAAUAAUCAAACUUUUAAUUGACAACGGAGCUUUAGUUAACCAGAAAUGUGCAGAUGGUUACCUGCCCUUGUCACUUGCUGCCUCUUCCAACAGGGAUGCAGUCAUCACUCACCUCAUUAAGAAAGGCGCUGAUGUCAACGGCGUGGACAGUAAGUAUGGGAUGACUCCCUUGAUGUACGCAGCUAUUGCAGGCAAUGUCUACAUCGUGAGACAGCUGCUGAAGUAUAACGCAGAUUUGGACAUUACAGACAAAUGGGACUAUACGGCUGUCAUGUUGGCUGCUCAGUUCAAAAAGUAUUUAGUUGUCUUAGCAUUAAUUGAAGAGGGCGCUGAUGUCAACAAAGUCAGUGGGUUUGAUGGGAAGAGCGCCUUAAUUUUGGCUACAGAGUGUAAUUGUUGUGACACAAUUAAUAUUCUACUGGAAAUCGGCGCAGACGUGAACUACAGAAAGCCUAUCCACAAGCGUGGCACGACUGCAUUGAUGAUAGCCGCCAAAAAUGGUUUCAAAGAAGCUGUGGAGAGUUUAUUAUAUUACAAUGCAGAUGUUGACCUGAGAGACGAGGAUGGAAAGACAGCUGUGUAUAAUAUCAUGGAGAAAAGUGAUUGCUCAACACCGUCCAAGUCCAAAGCCAUGAAAAGAGAGUUGGAUGCUUCAGACAAUGAAAAAAAAUAUCGUAAGAACGCAAAGAGUGUGCAGAAAAGUCUAUUCUCAGCCAUUGAAAGUAGAGAUCAUGUGGCCUUCGCCAAAAUCAUUUAUACUCAGAUUCACGUGAUAACUUGCAGUUGCAGAAAAAUUAUCCAGAAGGUUUUCAUGAAAGCUUGUGAGGCAGGUGACAUAAACAUCGUCCGAUUUCUGCUCCGUAAAGGAGCUGACGUCAAUGAGUCCAGAAAGGGCAUGACGCCUCUCAUGGCUGCAGUCCUGUCUAACUCUUACGACACGGUUGAAUUCUUGCUCGAAUGUAGAGCUAAGGUCAAAACUCAAACAAAACCAAAAAAAGACAGCGUACUGAAUAUGGCGCUAAAGAGAGGAUUUUACGAUAGCAACAAUAUAGGUUCAGAAAAAUGGGACCCUAGCUUCUUCAUUGACACCAAAAUAAUCAAACUUUUAAUUGACAAUGGAGCGUCAGUGAACCAGAAAUGUAAAGACGGUUACCCUCCCUUGUCACUCGCUGCCUCUUCCAACAGGGAUGCAGUCAUCACUCACCUCAUUAAGAAAGGCGCUGAUGUCAACGGCGUGGACAGUAGGUAUGGGAUGACUGCCUUGAUGCACGCAGCUAUUGCAGGCAAUGUCUACAUUGUAAGACAGCUUCUGAAAUAUAACGCAACGAUUGACAUUCUGGACUAUGGGGACUAUUCGGCUCUCAUGUUGGCUGCCCAGUUGAAAAAGCCUUUAGUUGUCUCAGCCUUGAUUCAAGAAGGCGCUGAUGUAAAUAUGGUUAGUGGCUUUGACGGGAAGAGCGCCCUAAUUUUGGCUACAGAAUCUAAUUGUUGCGACACAAUUAAUAUUCUACUUGAAAAUGGCGCAGACGUAAACUUCAGCAAACCUUUCAACAAGCGCGGCACAACCGCCUUGAUGAUAGCGGCCCAUAAUGGUUUUAAAGAUGCCGUGGACACUUUACUCUACUACAAUGCAGAUAUUGAUUUGAGAGACGAAGAUGGACAUACAGCGGUGUGUUUAAGUUUAAAUACUGAGAUUGUUGAAAUGAUGAAUAUGUCUCUCGUAAAAAAAUGUUAUAAUAUCAUGGAGAAAAGCUUAAACUCAACACUGCACAAAUCUAGAGCCUUGAAAAGAGAAUUUUCUGCUUCGGACAACGACAAGUGUUUGAAGGACCAAAUGAAAUAUACCAUGGAGAAUAUAAAUGCAGCAAUUGAAAGAGGAGAUCACGUGACUGUGGCCAACAUUAUUGGUACACAGAUACGCAGGACAACAUACUAUGGCAAAAAGAUCAUGAAGCAGGCAUUCAUUAAGGCUUGCCUGGCAGGCGAUAGCCGUAUCGUGUGUCUGCUGCUACGUAAUGGAGCUGACGUCAACGAGGCGUCCAUUGAAGACUUCACACCACUCAAGGCUGCUGUUCUGUCUAAUUCUUACCAAACUGUUGAGCUGUUGCUGGAAUGUGAAGCGAGUGCCAAAACUCCCACUAAGCCUUCACAAGACAACGUGCUUCAUGUGGCGCUGAAGGGAGGAUUUCACCCCAGCCUUGUCAUUGGCUCAGAAAGAUGGGACGCCGAGUUCCUAACUGAAACAAAAAUUAUAAAACUUUUGAUUGACCAUGGGGCAUCAGUUAACCAGAAAUGUGCAAACGGUUACCUGCCCUUGUCACUUGCUGCCUCUUCCAACAGGGAUGCUGUGAUUACUCACCUUAUUAAGAAAGGCGCUGAUGUCAACAGCGUGGACAGUAGGUAUGGGAUGACUCCCCUGAUGCACGCAGCUAUUGCAGGCAAUGUCUACAUCGUAAGACAGCUUCUGAAAUAUAAAGCAGCCAUAGACAUCACAGACCAAUGGGACUAUACAGCUCUCAUGUUGGCUGCUCAGUUCAAUAAGCCUUUAGUUGUCUCAACUUUAAUUCAGGAGGGCGCUGAUGUCAACAAGGUCAGUGGCUUUGACGGAAAGAGCGCCCUAAUUUUGGCUAUAGAGUCCUACUGUUGUGACACAGUUAAUAUUUUGCUGGAAAACGGCGCGGACGUGAACUAUAGAAAGCCAAUCCACAAGAGUGGAACGACUGCAUUGAUGAUAGCAGCUCAAAAUGGUUUCAUAGAAGCCGUGGAGAGUUUAUUAUCUUACAAUGCAGAUGUGGAUCUGAGAGACGAGGAUGGAAAUACCGCUGAAUGUUUGUGUUCAGAUAGUGAAAUACUUGAACUACUAAAUAUGUGA